AGAGCGGACUAGCCUGGGCUUGGGUUACAAGAGAGAGUCCUACUACAGGGCCUCGGAUUGUCGACCUCCGGCGAGCGGGAGAGUUGGGGAAGGAAGAUGCGGGUUCAGGCCGCCAGGGCCGUGUGAUUCUGUGGCCAUCUUGUCAUUCUAACGGUGCCGUUUUGUCCUGGAGAGGAAGACGAUGUUCUCAAGGCUCGCCUGUCGCGUAGCCCACCGAGCCGAGCUACUUUACUCUGAGGAUGAGCCAGAGUAGAAGGACCGUGCCCUGUCCGUUUCCGCUUGCAGUGGUGAUGUUAGACCUCGGCGAGAGUAUAGAGAAAACAACACGAAAGAUGUCUAAGCAACAACCAGCUCAGUUUAUAAAUCCAGAAACUCCUGGCUAUGUUGGAUUUGCAAACCUUCCCAAUCAAGUUCACCGAAAAUCAGUGAAAAAAGGUUUUGAAUUCACGCUGAUGGUGGUUGGUGAAUCAGGUCUAGGAAAAUCGACUCUGAUAAACAGCCUGUUCCUGACUGACCUUUAUCCAGAAAGAAUCAUACCUGGAGCUGCAGAGAAAAUUGAAAGAACUGUCCAAAUUGAGGCUUCAACCGUUGAGAUUGAAGAGCGUGGGGUUAAGCUGCGCCUUACAGUAGUGGAUACACCUGGCUAUGGGGAUGCCAUCAAUUGCAGGGAUUGUUUUAAGACUAUCAUCUCGUACAUUGAUGAGCAGUUUGAACGCUACCUGCACGAUGAGAGUGGCUUGAACAGGCGUCACAUCAUUGACAACAGGGUGCACUGCUGCUUCUACUUCAUUUCACCUUUUGGCCAUGGGCUGAAGCCUUUAGAUGUUGCAUUUAUGAAAGCAAUACAUAAUAAGGUAAACAUUGUGCCUGUCAUUGCAAAAGCUGACACUCUCACUCUGAAGGAGCGUGAGCGGCUGAAGAAAAGGAUUCUGGAUGAAAUUGAAGAACAUAACAUCAAAAUCUAUCACUUACCUGAUGCAGAAUCAGAUGAGGAUGAAGACUUUAAAGAGCAGACUAGGCUUCUCAAAGCCAGUAUCCCAUUCUCUGUGGUUGGAUCCAACCAGCUGAUUGAAGCCAAAGGCAAGAAGGUCAGAGGUCGCCUCUACCCAUGGGGUGUUGUCGAGGUGGAGAACCCCGAACAUAACGAUUUUCUGAAGCUGAGAACGAUGCUCAUCACCCACAUGCAGGAUCUCCAGGAAGUGACCCAGGACCUUCACUAUGAAAACUUCCGUUCUGAGAGGCUUAAGAGAGGCGGCAGGAAAGUGGAGAAUGAAGACAUGAAUAAAGACCAGAUCCUACUGGAAAAGGAAGCUGAGCUCCGCCGCAUGCAGGAGAUGAUUGCGAGGAUGCAGGCGCAGAUGCAGAUGCAAAUGCAGGGUGGCGAUGGUGACAGUGGGGCUCUUGGGCACCAUGUGUGAGGAAUCCCUCCUGAAUAAAAAGAGCACAUUCCGGUUGAGUGUUACAGCUACAGAUUUUCAUGAGAUCCUUGGAAGGGUGCCCAUUCACAUAUAUAGUACCUGUGCCUAAGAAUUCAAUUUUUUAAACUUUUGAUGAGUUUUUGCAUUUCAUUGCUAUGUUACACUUUAUAUUUUGUGAAAUGAGCUCGUAUUUUCAUUUUCUGUCCUUUUAACUAACCACUAAUGUUAGAAUUGAUUUCUGAGAAUCAGUCAACAUGUAUAGUAAAUACUGAAUUUCUUUGAUGUGGCUUCUUGAUUUAGAUUUAGACCGUUCAGAUUUAGAAUGUUUCCGUGUGGUGGACAUGUUCCUGUGGGCAGAGAAGACUGGGUAGACUUGGUGCCAGGCCAUUUGUUUACCAGGUUGCACUGUGUGGAGCCUGUUACCUUUUUUUGGUUUUGUUUUUGUAUAACACCUGAAUCCUUGUCUGCUACAGUUCAAUACCAUAAGUUAAUUCCUAUACAGAUUUACCUUUCACAAAAUAAAACACAGCAGACUUUCUAAUGAGAUACAUGCUUAUACAUAUGUAACUUUUUAAAAAUAUGGUUUUAGGGGUAUAUUCUGGUCUUGUCAUUUUUCAAACCUCUGCAGAGAACUCAUGAUGAGCACUUUAUCGUGUUCUCCACAGUUACUGGUUAUGCUGUGCUGCCAAGAAAACCAAAUCAGCUGUGAGCUCCAGCUUUCUGUUGCUAUAAUUUUUACACGGUGAGAGUCAGUAAACUGUUUAUACACAACUAAAUUUAAGCAGAUUUUUAAAUCAGCCUUUUUAUAUUUUAUACUGCACUUCAAUGUAUUAUCUGUAACUGCAGGUGGUGAACCCUCCUUAAAAGUAGAAAUUGGGGUACUUUGGCACACUCCCAAUUCCAGACUGUCUAUUGAGUGGUAUUUCUGUUAGAAUGCCUCAGCUCCAUGAAACCCACAUGCCUGACUGGUUUUCAUGAUUUGAGCAUCCCCUCAUUGUUCCUUUUUUUAGUAAUUUUCUGUUGAAAUGAAAAUAGCGGUUGUCUUAUUUUUUAUGUGCAGACUGUCUCAUCUAUUUUCAGCCACUGUCAUUCCCUUCAUUUUGCAUAAUACAGAUUUCUCCAUAUGUCCUAUAGAGUGAAGGCAUUUCCGAUCUCGGCCACAGGCUGGUAGCCAGGUGCCCACAGUCAAAACUGCAUCUGGUUUGUCUAUUCGGCACUGUGGCCUUGGUCUCUCCUUCCUGCCCUUUUCUCCUUCAUCUCCCUGUGGUUCACCCUGGAGUCAUCUUUUCCUCAUUCCUUGUAACCUUCCAAAACUUGGCCACAGAAAGUAAUGGAAGUGUGAGGAAGACAACAGUUGUACUGGUUCAAUAUUUUCAUUUUAUUGUGACAGGAGGAAUUGUGCUGAAGAAAAGGCUUGAUUUGUGAUUGGCGUGUUUUGUUUUGACCAAAAAAAUCCUUAGUGAGAUGGUCACAAAGGGUUACAAAAGUUGUGAAGAGUUGAAGGCUGUAUGGUUAAGCUCCAUUGUAUAAAGUUUCUACAGAGAAAAGUGUACCUUGGCUUUAGAAUACCCUCAUGCAAAGUCAGUUAUUGAGGUUAUCUUGACAUGUAUUAACUGAUUUAAAAAGCUGUAAGAAAAAAAGAAAAAAAAAAAAA